ACAUGCUCACUGCGCCCGCGGCGGGCGCGCACACUCCGCAGCGCCGCGGCUCCGCGCUGCACCGCCGGUAUAAGGAAAUGCUAGAUCUAGUGAUAUCACCCAGUCUGACUGUAAAUAGAGAGUGCCCUGACAGACUGAAGCUUAACCUUUCUCACGUUUAUGCCACGGCUCCAGAUGACAUAGAAGGCAGCAGCAAAGCAGCACCGCAGUGUCCUCUCCAUCUGUACACCACAAAACAUUACCCCCGUCUAGUGCCAGUCCCGUCCUUCCCCAGCAUGGCAGCGUAUGGACAGGCUCAGUACAGCACGGGAAUCCAGCAGGCUGCUGCCUACACUGCCUAUCCUCCCCCGGGGCAGCCCUACGGGAUCCCCUCCUACAGCAUUAAGACGGAGGACAGCCUGAGCCACUCCCCAGGACAGAGUGGAUUCCUCAGCUACGGCUCCAGCUUCAGCGCGCCGGCGGCGGGACAGGCUCCCUACACGUACCAGAUGCACGGCACAGCAGGGAUUUACCAGGGAGCCAACGGCCUGACAAACUCUGCAGGAUUCAGUGCUGUGCAUCAGGACUAUUCCUCGUAUCCCAGCUUCCCUCAGAGCCAGUACUCUCAGUAUUACAGCUCGUCCUACAGCUCCCCGUACGUGUCUGCCAACAGCAUCAGCCCCUCGGCCAUCCCCACCUCCACCUACUCCCUGCAGGAGUCUUCCCACAACAUCAGCAGCCAGAGCACAGAAUCCCUCUCUGGGGAAUAUUCAACAACACCAGCAAAAGAUAUAGAGACAGACAGACACCACAGAGGGUCAGAUGGCAAGGUACGAGCCCGGUCAAAAAGAGGCAACGAUCCUUCCCCUACUGCUGACAGUGAGAUUGAGCGUGUGUUUGUGUGGGAUUUGGAUGAGACGAUAAUUAUUUUUCACUCCUUACUCACGGGAACCUUUGCAUCCAGAUAUGGGAAGGACACCACAACGUCUGUGAGGAUAGGUCUCAUGAUGGAAGAAAUGAUCUUCAACCUUGCAGAUACACAUCUGUUCUUCAAUGACCUGGAGGACUGUGACCAGAUCCACAUAGAUGAUGUAUCAUCAGAUGAUAAUGGUCAAGAUCUAAGCACGUAUAACUUCUCUGCGGAUGGCUUCCACAGUUCCAGUGCCAGUGCCAACCUCUGCCUGGGCUCGGGGGUUCACGGGGGAGUUGACUGGAUGAGGAAAUUGGCGUUCCGCUACCGCCGCGUCAAAGAGAUGUACAACACCUACAAGAACAACGUGGGGGGUUUAAUAGGAGCUCCUAAGAGGGAGACCUGGCUGCAGCUGAGAGCAGAACUGGAAGCUCUGACUGAUCUCUGGCUCACACAUGCUCUGAAGGCGCUGAAUUUGAUACAUUCCCGGCCCAACUGUGUGAAUGUGUUGGUCACCACAACUCAGCUAAUACCAGCUCUGGCUAAAGUGCUUCUCUACGGACUGGGCACUGUCUUCCCCAUUGAAAACAUUUACAGUGCAACAAAAACAGGGAAAGAGAGCUGUUUUGAAAGAAUAAUGCAGAGGUUUGGAAGGAAAGCCGUGUACAUUGUAAUAGGAGAUGGUGUUGAAGAGGAACAGGGAGCAAAAAAGGAGCAAAGUUUAAUAUCCAGCCCACAUCCUCCAUCACCUGUGAAGCAGGAUACUCCUAAAUUGUGGAGGAUGUGUCUUCCUGUCUGCACUGGAGAGACAGAUCAACAAAGAGACACUUCCCACUUUGUCCCUCCCUCCCUAAGCACAACAUGCCCUUCUGGAGAAUCUCUUGUCACGCUGACCUGGAAGCUCUUCGGCACGCCUUGGAACUUGAAUAUUUGUAGCAGACCCCAACAUCUUAGCACUGGGAGGGCUUCACUCAGACUCUUACAUCGGUUCCACCUGUUCCUCAAUGCUUUCUUAGUUAAAAAAAAAAAUCCCACAGCAACUGCAGUUUUUCUUUUUUUUGAAGGAGAACCCUUUCAGUGGAAGCCUUUAAGAACUUGCAGCCAAAGAAUAUUGUCUCAAGUCCUCCUUCCUUUGGACAGAGGAAAAUCCUCCUGAUCAGUCGCUGGGAUGCUGCAGUUGCUGGCUGAGGUGGAGGCACAGAGCUCUAAUGGCCUUUUUGCCAUCAACAAGGCAAAUGCUACAAGUCUGGGUCUCCCUGUCAGCAUUCUUGGUUUUGAAAGGGAAGAGGACACAGCAAGGAGUCUCUGCACAAUCCAUCACAUCACACAGGACCUUCUGGAAAUAGGAGUGAAAGUGUUGAUUUAUUUUUGUUGUUGAUGUUUCUUUUUUUUUUUUUUUUUUCCUUUUUUUUGUAUUUUUUUUUUAAUUUAUGAACUAAUCUCAUUACUCUGGUAUUAAGCUCUGUACCUGUGUUUUUCACCUGGCUUUUCGAGGGGUGGGGGGUUGGGGAAAGUCUUACUGUUCUAAAUUAAUAGUUCAUUUCUCCAGAACAAACUCUGGGGAGAAUCAUAUUGUGUACAUGAGUAGUGAGGACACAUGGUACUGCUGGAAAGAACUGUAGCUGUGUUUUUGACCCUUACCAAGAUGGGACAUGGACUGUGCAUGUGUCUACACGGUGCCUUAUGCUGCCGUCUUGGGGCUGAGGACGGGGAGAAGUACCUUGUGAUGAGUGAAAGGCAUUUAAUAAAAACAUGUUUA